AUUCAACAUGGCGGCCUCCUUGUGCAAUAAUAUCGACACGAUUAAAUCCUGCUGAUUCAACAUAAAUUUACACAGGACACAGUUUCUGUGUGUUAUGAGGUGCAGUUGUUGUUUGGUUAUCCUUUGUAUUACCAAAAAUAAUGUCAGCACAUACUGUGGAUACGGCUCUUGUUGGCUGGUGCCGGGAAGAACUGUCAAGACUUCUGCAGAACGAUAUUGCAGAAGACAUUGUAAGGUACAUCUUGGGGAUUGAAGAUGUUGAAGAAUUACAAGAAUAUUUAUUUGAAUUGUUGGAUGGAUCCAAUCGAGAGCAUAAACAAUUUGUUGAUGACCUUGUCCUGCGUGUAAUGAACCCACCAGCAGUGCCAGAAAAUGUACACAUUUACAGAAAAAAGGAUGAUGUUGACGAAAUUGCAACAGGCGCCAAGGGUAAAGCCAAAAAAAAUAAACAUAAACCUGAGAAACAGAAAAUUGAUCUGAUGAAGGUUCCAUAUAAGCCAAGGAUGCCUGGUGAUCCUUCUCCCGUAGAAGAUGAGAUCAUUCCUAACUCUAAAAGCCCGCCACAAUCCGAUGUCAACAAGCAAGGUGCAAAGAAGAAACAGAAAUUUGUAGCACUAUAUAGUAAAGAAGGUGAAGAGAAAAGUACUGUUAAAAUACCAGGUAGACACCCAUGUGAAUGUCAGGCUCACAGGCACAGACUGGUAAACAAUUGCAUAAAAUGUGGCCGUGUUGUGUGUGACCAGGAAGGUGCAGGGCCAUGUUUUUUUUGUGGUUCAUUGGUGUGUUCUUCAGAACAGCUUGAAAUCUUAGCAAGGAACUCGCACAAAAGUGAGAAGCUGAUGCGAAAAUUAAUGGGUGAUGUUAUCGUUAAAGAUAAAGCAUUAGGAACAGUGGAAAAAGAUUCCAGUAAACUUUGCAGUGGUUUGGAUAAAGCUAUAAUGCACAAGAAUAAACUUAUUGAAUACGAUAAGACAAGUGCACGAAGAACACAUGUAAUUGAUGAUGAAUCAGAUUAUUUCGCAACUGAUACCAAUAGAUGGUUAUCAAAAAAGGAGAGAGAAGUCUUGAAAAAUAGAGAAGAUGAGCUAAGGGAGCAAAGACAUGGUUCCAGAAGAGGCAAAAAGAUUACACUAGACUUUGCUGGGAGAAAAGUAAUUGAAGACAAUGAACCAAUCAAUAUGUACGACAGGGAGGAUGCAGUAGUCCAAGCUGUAAAUUUUGGUACUGAUUACAGGACUGAAAGUCAAAAGACAAGUGGUCUUAUUAAACCUGGUAUUAGCCAGCCAGCACCAAAAUUUGUUUUAGAUAACAAGUCUCAAGCAUCUACUGGUAAUAGUAAAUCAGAAAUCUCACAAUCACGUAUUCUACGUAUUCAAGAUAAAGAAUUACUUGAAAUGUCAGAUGAUGGGAUGUGUUUGAGUAUGCACCAACCCUGGGCGUCAUUGCUUAUAGCUGGUAUUAAAAAACAUGAAGGUAGAACCUGGUACAGUGCACAUCGAGGCAGGUUAUGGAUAGCCGCUGCUGCUAAUAGACCAACUCCACAAGAAAUAGCUGAAGUUGAAAAUGCACAUAAGAUUAUUUACCCGAAUGAACAUUUUGAUUUCCCUUCCCAGUAUCCAGUCAGUUGUUUGUUGGGUAGUGUUGAUGUUACAGAUUGCUUAUCACAAGAGCAGUAUCGAGAAAAGAUUCCAGAUGGAGAGUCUGGUUCACCAUAUAUUUUUAUUUGUGAAAAUCCACUUGAGUUGAUUGUUAAAUUUCCCAUUAAAGGAAAACAUAAAAUUUGGAAGCUAGACCCACACAUACAUCAAGCAGCCAAGAAAGGCCUUCGCAGGAAAUAAAAGCUGGGUAUAAUCAUAGUAUGGGAAACUCAAAGACGAUGCAAAUCUGAUCAAAGCAGUAAAAGCUGUCGUUGCCCCAAGGGUAGGUAGAAUGGAUGGAUCAUUGCGUUAUCAGCUCUCGAGAUGUGGAGAAAGCAGGGAGCCACAAGAGGCCUGCUUGCUAGGGGCUUUUAUGCACUUGUCCAGUAUUAAAGUCUUGCCGUCGCUUUCAAUCAAUGACAGUUUGUUGGCUGGAAUUAUAACAAAUUGUCAAGUUUAAUAUGCGGAUCAUGCAUGGAUAUGCACCCAAGGAAGACGUUCUG